AUGCCUCACCCCGUAUCGCCGCCGAUAAUGGUCGCCAAAUCCGGCGAUGCCCCUCCCCCGCCGUCGCAACAGGACGUCUCUUCCAUCCUCGAUACCAUCUUCACUGCCAAGUCCUCUGCCGCAUCCAUCGACGCCUGCUACGCCCUCUGCGAGCUCCUCUUGAAAACCGUCGGUUUCCGUGGUCUUCACGAGUAUGGCGUCCUCGCCGAGGUUAAGAAGGCCGCCGCCGACAAGAAGAGCGGCCUGCGACGAGAGAGCGCACAGAACCUUCUGGGCGCUCUUUUCGAGAAGUUCCCCUCCCGGCAACCCAUGAGCGAAGUCGUCUUCUUGCUGCAGGAUGGCGGCGUGCUCGGCUGCGCCCUAGAUGCUCUGGCCGACAAGGGCAAUGUCGUCCGCGACGCUGCGCAGUUCGGCCUCGAUGCGCUCGUCGGUCAUUUGAGCGCCGAGGCCAUGGUCGCUGGCUUGCUGCCCGCUCUGACUACCUACCUUUCCAAGAAGACCGGGAAGUGGCAGGGCACUGUUGGCGCCCUGAAGAUCAUGCAGAAGAUGGCCGACAAGGCCAAGAUGGAGGUUGGCUGCACCAAAGAACAGGCCCAAGAGAAGGAUCUCCUCAGGGAGGCUAUGGGCUCUAAACUGGCCACCCUGAUCCCCAUCGUCGAGAAUAACAUGCACGACCUCAAGGCCGAUGUGGAGAAGCAAGCUGUCGUCACCAUGCAGUCUCUCACUACGCUCUUGUCCAACGACGACGUCGCCCCCCGCAUCCCGCUCCUCGUCGAAACUCUGCACCAUCCUUCGACACAGACCCUCCAGAAGGCCAUCCAUGCCCUCUCCCAGACGACCUUCGUAGCCAUCGUCACCUCACCUGUUCUCGCCCUCCUCACUCCCUUCCUCGAACGAACGCUCAACAACCCCAAUACUACCCAAGAGGUCUUGCGACAGACCGUUGUCAUCACCGAGAACCUGACAAAGUUGGUACACGAUCCUGUCGAGGCACGCACAUUCUUGCCAAAACUCCAGCCUGGUAUCAAGAGCGUUGGCGAGCGUGCGCCCCUGCCAGAGGUCCGUCAACUGGCUACCAGAGCCUUGGACGUCAUGGACAAAGCCAUGAGCGACGACAACAACAAGACAACGGUGGAGAAGGUUUCGGCCGAUGAUGUUGCUAAAGUCAUCGACUCCGAGAUCAAGAAGAAUGGAGGUCUGUCCGGCGAUAAAGAUUUCUUCAAGCUGGCUCGCCCCUACAUCUGCGAGAUGGUUGCUGAAGAUGCCUACCACAGGCAUAUCAGUAGAAUACCCUCCAAGAUCGCUCCUUAUCUGAAGGAUCUGAUGCAGAAACCUGGUGCCAGCGAUGCUGUUGCUGCAGGUGUUCACCAGCACUUUGUUGCCGAAGACGAGCGCAAGUUUGGAGUGCCCGAGAAGGAGGACGAUGGCGAGACCGAGAUCGUCAACGCAGACUUCUCGCUUGCCUACGGCGGUAUGCUUCUCCUAUCCCAUACAAACCUACGGCUGUUGAAGGGACAUCGCUAUGGUCUCUGCGGACGCAACGGAGCUGGCAAGUCAACUCUCAUGAAGAGUAUCGCCAGUGGCAAGCUAGAAGGCUUUCCCUCACAAGAUGUUCUCCGUACUUGCUACGUUGAGCACAACCAGGGCGAGGACGCUGAUAUUACCAUCCUCGACUUCAUGGCCAAGGAUCCCACGAUCGCCUCUGAAGGCAGGGAGAGGAUUUCGGAAGUUCUUGCGGAGUUCGGUUUUGAUGCUGGUCCUGAAGGAAGACAGGCUCAAAAGGUUGGGUCUUUGUCAGGAGGGUGGAAGAUGAAGCUGGCCUUGGCUCGAGCUAUGCUGCAAAAAGCCGAUGUUCUCCUCCUUGACGAACCUACCAAUCACUUGGACGUCGCCAACAUCGCGUGGCUGGAAACUUACCUGAAGACCCAUCCCGACAUCACCAGCUUAAUCGUUUCUCACGACUCUGGCUUCCUGGAUAAUGUCUGCACUGAUAUCUACCACUACGAGCCCGGAAAGAAGCUUGGUCACUUCAAGGGUAACUUGUCAGAUUUUGUCCAAGUUCGCCCUGAAGCCAAGUCCUACUACACCCUCUCCGCGUCUCUCGUCCAAUUCAAGUUCCCGCCUCCUGGAAUUCUGUCAGGUGUCAAGUCCAUGACUCGCGCCAUCAUCCGAAUGUCUGGAGUGUCAUACCAAUACCCCAAGGCCCCAAAGCCGUCGCUCGCCGAUGUCUCCUGUCAGUUGACUCUUUCUUCUCGUGUCGCCGUCAUCGGUCCCAACGGUGCUGGCAAGUCGACCCUGAUCAAGCUCUUGACCGGUGAGGUUAUCCCGACGUCCGGAAGCGUAGAGAAGCACCCCAACUUGCGAAUUGGCUAUAUCAAGCAGCACGCCCUGGAACACGUGGAGAUGCAUCUGGAAAAGACGCCAAACCAGUACCUCCAAUGGCGAUAUGCCAACGGUGACGACCGCGAAGUUCAUCUGAAGCAGACCCGUGUCCUUUCCGACCAGGACCGUGAGCAGAUGGAAAAGAUGAUCGAUCUUAAGGACGGUAAGAGUGGGCGACAACUCGAAGCCCUUGUCGGUCGACAGAAGUGGAAGAAGACUUUCCAAUAUGAAGUGCAAUGGAAGGGAUACCUUCCCAAGUACAACUCGCAAGUGUCUCGCGAGACCCUGAUAGAGUGGGGUUUCGACAAGCUGGUGCAGGAAUUUGACGACCACGAGGCAUCCCGCGAAGGUCUCGGCUACCGCACACUGCAACCUACUGUCAUCUCCAAGCACUUCGACGAUCUCGGUCUUGAUCCCGAGAUUGCCAACCACAACGAGAUCGGCAGUUUGUCUGGAGGACAGAAGGUCAAGGUCGUUAUUGCAGGUGCCAUGUGGAACAACCCACAUUUGCUCGUUCUCGACGAACCCACUAACUUCUUGGACCGUGACUCCCUUGGUGGUCUUUCUGUUGCUAUUCGGGAUUUCAAGGGUGGUGUUGUCAUGAUAUCCCACAACGAGGAGUUCGUCGGAGCACUUGCUAGUGAGCAGUGGCACAUCAACGAUGGACGCAUGACGAUGAAGGGCAAUGCGGCCAUCAACCUGUCUAGUUUUGAGGACAGCAGGGGGCCAAAUAGUGGCCUGAACAGCGGUGUCACAAGUGGUAUGGCCAGUCCGGCGUUGAGCAGUGCCAUGACCAGUGCAGUCAACAGCGGAGUUGAAGACAAUUCGCCCUUGGCAUUCAAGGCCAAGAAGAAGAGGAAGAAGACGAAGAAGGAGCUCAAGGAGGCUGAAGUCCGCCGAAGACUGCGCCACAUUGAAUGGCUCAACAGUGAGAAGGGUACACCUCACCCACCGGACACGGAUGAUGAAGACUAG